AUGCCAGCAACCCUUCUCCGUUUGUUUGCAACCAUACUUGUUCACUGUGAGCCCGCAGAUGUUAAUAAAUUAUGGGAUCGAUACCUUGACGCAUUAUCUGAAGACUUCUUAAGGAAACCUGGUGCUACAAGGAAUUUAAUGAUAAAUGUCACCCUUUGCAACAUUAAAUUCUUCUUAGACAGCAUGGGAAAGGAUAUCAAGAAAUUUGAUUUACCACCUAUUCAACCUAACCCUGAUUCAGAAGGAAUUUUAUACCCUAGAGAAAUUCAAGAUGAACUCGAUGUGCAAAUUCCAAUUGAAGACCUCAAUGCUGAAUCAACACUCAAUUCUAAACAAUAUAAUGCAUAUACUUCCUUGUUAUCGCGAGUUCAGGCAAAUAAAAGUGGGAUUUUCUUUAUUGAUGGGCCAGGAAGGACUGGGAAGACAUUCUUAUACUGUGCUCUACUUGCCAGAGUAAGAUCAGAUGGGAUGAUAGCUCUUGCUACAGUGACAUCAGGCGUAGCAGCUGUAAUAAUGCCUGGAGGCCGAGCACCACAUUCCAGAUUUAAGAUAAAAAUCCCAACAACAGAAUCAUCUAUGUGUAGCAUAUCCAAGAAAGAUGGAACCUCAAAACUGAUUAAGAUAGCUAGAUUAAUAAUUUGGGAUGAAGCUCUAAUGUCUAAACACAUUGCAAUUGAAACAUUAGAUAGAACAUUAAGGGAUAUAAUGGAUCGAGAUGAACCAUUUGGCGACAAAGUAAUUGUAUUUGGUGGGGAUUUCAGACAAGUUUUACCAGUAGUACCCCGCGCAACAAGAUCACAAACUGUUAGAGAAAGUUUAGUGAGCUCAUAUUUGUGA